AUGUUGAGUGCUCUGAAGAAUUUAGUUAAUGAACAAUUGAAAAAAGGACACAUUAAACCGACAAACAGUCCCUGGAAUUUUCCCGUGUUUGUCAUUCGGAAGAAGACCUCUGGAUCAUGGAGACUGCUUCAUGACGUCAGGAAACUGAAUGAGAUGGUGGAAGAAAUGGGACCUCUUCAACAAGGACUGCCAUCACCCACAAUGAUUCCUAGAGAUUGGCCGCUUGUAAUCAUCGAUCUCAAGGACUGCUUCUUCAGCAUUCCACUUCAUCCAGAUGAUGCACAUCGGAUGGCAUUUUCCGUUCCAAGUUUGAACAGAGAAGAACCUUUGAAAAGAUAUCAUUGGGUUGUUUUACCACAAGGCCUCAAAAACUCGCCGACAAUUUGCCAGUGGUACGUAGCGGGAGCUUUGGCUCCAGCAAGGAAAAGACAUCCAGAAGCAAGAAUCCUACACUAUAUGGAUGAUCUGCUGAUAACAGCAUCAACAAACCAGAAACUACAAGAAGCUCGUGAUUGUGUGAUUGCAGAAGUGCAAAAAGCCGGACUGGAAAUUUGUACUUCAAAAAUUCAGGAAAUUGCACCUUGGAGAUACCUUGGAUGGAAAAUCACAGAACAGACAAUAAGACCUCAAAAUAUAGAGAUCAGUUCAAAAAUUAGCAAUUUACAAGAUCUACAACAACUUAUUGGAGAGAUAAACUGGAUGAGACCGAUUUUAGGAAUCAAAAAUGAAGACCUUUCACCUUUAUUCAAUCUUUUGAAAGGAGACAACGACAUUAAAUCUCCCAGGACUCUCACACUGGAGGCGCAAGAAACGUUGCAAAAAAUUGCAGAAAUCAUACAGUACAGACAAGCACAUCAUUAUAGAGGAUUGAAGUGGAUUCCGGCAAAAUUUGUGAAACCAUACCGAGCCCAGGCUCAAGCAGAAGCUAAUCCCAGAAGGGAAGAGAGGAGCCCGCAGACCGAAACCGAGACAAAGGACGUGAACUCCUCUUCAGACAACGCACAGAAGACUUGA